AUGAGCUCUGACCCUCGCCAAGCCACCGGGGCGAGCGGAAAAUCCAAACGUCGCUGGACCGACCCCGACGAAGAUGGCAAAAUGAACGGCCCGGACGACCUAUCAUCUCAGCCAAAGCGGCAACGCGUGUCGCGAGCCUGCGACAGUUGCCGAUCUAAGAAGGACAAAUGCGAUGGCGUUCAGCCGGUAUGUUCAACAUGUGCAUCGCUUUGCAGGCCAUGCACCUACAAGGCCAAUCCGAAGAAACGAGGCCUGCCCACGGGUUAUAUCCGUUCGCUCGAACUGCUCUGGGGGCUGGUCUUCCAGAAGAUCCAAGGAAGUGAGGACGUCAUGCGAGCCUUGAUGAGAUCGGUCAACUUGCCUAGUCACCUUGCCACCAUGGGCAAGGAAGCCGAGGGCUCAGAUACCCUGCUGUCCUCCUUCAAGAACAGUACCGUUUUAAGAGAUAUUGAGCGAAUGCUGGUCGUCUUGGAACAACCCGAGGAGGAGAGAGAUCGCAGUUUACAAGCAUAUGGCGAGGGGGACACCCCGUUGGAUGUUGAUGGUAUCCUUGCCUCCUCUGACGCCCAGGAAUGGCAAAUCCCCGAAGGACUAUCACCUCUCCCAGGGGUAUCUCCCUCCCGCACAUCUAUGAUCGGCUCUGCACCACGGCCGCUUGCAUACCGCACCCGAGACUCUGGAGCUCAAACAAUCAACGCGCAUGAAUUCCAAUCGCCGACCCUCGGCCUUUCUCUUAACACCGACGACUCCAGAGCGAUCUCAACAAACUCCCCGCUCCAGCUCCCGUAUAACGCCUGGCCUCUCCUUGACAUAUAUUUCUCGUAUACGCAAUGUUGGCUUCCCAUACUGGAAAAGCACGACAUACUCCGAACGGCAUUCCAAUACACUGAAGGCGACGUUUAUAUGACUCGCACAGCACCCGGCUCCGGUGAUCAUGCUGCCCUAUGGGCAGUCCUUACCCUUGCCUCCCUUCAAGAUGCAUCCAUCACUGCUAGGGAGUCUGAUCCUCUGUCUGUCCGAGUGAGCCCUUCACAACUAUACAACACUGCCCGGGACCUGAUUCCCGCAGAGACUGGCCCAUAUGAAGUGGGACAUGUUCAAGCCUUGCUUAUCCUGUCUCUUAUCAAGUUCGGUCAACAGGAAUGGACAGCAGCCUGGAUGCUGGUUGGUCAUUCUGUCAGAAUUGCUCAGACGCUAGGCUUGGACCAGCCCUCGUUCCAUUCGGCAUCCUCAAGGCCGUCAGAGCCAGGCAAGCAGCAGGGACGAGCGAAGCACGUGUUUUUGGGCUGUUUUGUGCUCGAGACACUUAUUGCGGAACAAACCUCUCAGUGCCCAUCGUUGAGAAGGGACGACCUAGCUCGAGUAGGGUCCAUCAACGAAGAUGGAUUGGAGGAAUGGCAUCCUUGGGAGGACAUGACUGGUCUCCGACCGACACAGGCAUCUCGAGCCUCAAUGCAGCGAGGACCACUCCAUGCAUUGAGCACCUUUAACCGUCUUGUGUCUCUUGUCUCCAUUUUGAAUGAUCUUUGUUGCUAUAAGCAAGAUCCAACCAUUUCCCGAUCACAACUGGAGUCGCUCGAGCUCACUUUGCAUCGUUGGGCGGGCGCUUUGCCGAAGAGCCAUCGAGUAGACUUACAAAGUCGACCAGUGAAGGUGGCGUCACCGCAUAUAUUUUCACUUGAGAUGACUUACCAAAGCAUUGUUUCCGCCUUGAGUUUGCAGAUCGCUACGCGGGAAAUUGAUCAGAAUAUCCCUGAGAUGCCACACAAGGCGCGUGCAAUCGACAGCUCAAGUCGAUUAUUAACCUGCCUCCAGGUUUACUUGGAGACAUACAGCCUCGCGGCGACCACGCCUAUAUUUGGCAUGAUUUUGAGAUACUGUCUUCCACGUUCAUUCUCGCGCGAUCAUGUGUCUGACGUCGAGCUUAGUCUGCGGAAUAGGAUACAAUCCUUCUCAUCUCACCUCGUGCAGCUCUGGUCUGUAGCAGAUCGGCCACACACAGGCCAGCCUGCUGCCCAAAGAAACCAGGGCACGAUGGCAUCGCCUGCGCUGUCGCAGCCACCCGAUCUUUCAGUCACCGAAGAACCGGCAUUAAGCCAUGGAAUUCCGCUUACAAGCACUCCUCAUCACCUCGCUGGGUCUACCGAACCACAUGCUCCUGGCUCCGCACAUCCGGCAUCUACACCCGACCCAUUCUCCUCUGCCCCCUGGCUCAGACCUGCUCAAAACAUGGAUGAUGGAACACCGUUGCUAUCUACACCAACGCCCUCUUUAACCACCAUCGGCGGUACGUCGGAAGUCUCGGCUCAGCCUGGUCAUUUAGAUGGAGGGUUGGGCAGUGGUCUUCGCCAGUCUACCUCUGCUCCCUCAAAACCCAAUCCUGGUCCAGGAAUGAUUCCCGACCUUGGCCCGCAAUACCCCCCGGGUACACAGUACCAUGCACAGUAUCAAGAUCCAUCUCUUGGCCUCAACUCUUUCGUCGAUAUGGACGGCUACGGCCCACCACGCCGACAACAUCGAAUUGCUCCGGAUCUCGAUGCUCUAUUCGACGAAUUGGCGUCGUUGGAUGGUGCUGAAAAAGCCGACAAUCAACCUGAGUUCAUGCAGAAUCUGGGCUUCGUUCCCGAUUCAGCAGUGCCAGAGAUGUACUCGUUUUCGAGUCAGAUUGAGCCUUUCCUGCUGGCUCAGACGCAACAAAUACCAAACAAUGGAUCUUCCUCUGGAGUUCGAAGGGAAUCACAAUCCCUCAGUAUGUCCGGAACGCCGAAACGAUAA